AUGUACAUAAAUUUAGAUAGAUCAACAACAGUAUCGACUGAUGAAUCGGUCAAUACAACAACUAAUUUUAGUUCUACUACUAUACCGUCAGAAUAUGAUAUACCAUAUGCCAACUACACAUGCGCAGGAAAAACUGCAAAUCCACGGUCAAAUUUGAGUACAUUUUGGUCAUUUGAUUCUAAUACAUAUGAUUCAUUGAAUCAGGCGAAUGCAACUGCAAUAAAUAAUCCAAUGUAUUUUGCUGCUUAUGCGGGACCAGGUAAUUGUAUCAUGUUCGAUGGUAUCAGCCAGUAUGCAAUUGCACCAUUGAUUGAUUUCACUAAUCAAUCAUUUACAAUUGAAUUAGUUAUAUUUUUAAAUACAUUUUUGAAAACUGCAAUGAUCAGUAUACUUAGUCAAUGUGCGUCGAUGAAUGAAACCAAUCAAUGUUUCAAUUUAGGCAUUCUUAAUUCUAAAUUAUUUUUUGGUUUCAAUAAUGACAAUUUAUAUGGCACCACUAGUCUCGCUGUUAAUCAAUGGUAUCAUCUUGCCUUUGUAUUCGAUAUUGAAAAUUUGAACCAAAGAGUUUAUUUGAAUGGCGUACUAGACGGAAGUCGAACAGCUACAAAUCCUUACCUUGGAACAUUUGGAAAUACAAUAAUAGGAUAUCAAACAAAUGGGCCUAAGUCUUCUUUGUUUCCAGGUUAUAUGGAUAAUUUAUUAAUCUAUCGCGGCCGAGUUAAGACAGAUUGUGAAAUUCAUACUGACACUUUUCUAUACGCUUACUACUCGUGGGAUAAUGGCUUACCGAUCGAUGAUGGUCCCAAUAGUAUUGAUGGAACCUUCGUUAAAUCAGUGUCUAGUGUUUCCGGCUAUUCAAACAACGGUCUCUCAUUCUCUAGCACAGGUUCUUAUUUCGUGGUCGCAGAUUUUACAGCUUUGGGUCUGUCUUAUGAUCCUUUUACGUUGUCGAUAUGGGUCAAACCGAGUUCUUUUGGUGGUAGUAUUGUGCAUAUUGCGUUCAAUGCAGACGGAACUACUAAUUGUCAUACGAUAUUAGGUAUGUCAUCAUCUGGUCAACCAGUAGCUCAGAACUACGAUAUAACAAAAAUCGGAUUAUAUUCAAUAUCUGAUAGCAAUCCGUUACCUCUUAAUCAAUGGACUCAUCUUGUCGAAACAUUUAGUAUCAAUAAUGGGUUUCGUCUGUAUGUCAACGGCACAUUGAAAGCAUAUAAACUAGGGGUAGGACCUUUCGAUGGCGGUAAUGUUCCAAGGAGAUUAUUUGUGGGUUAUUAUGGAACAUCUGGAAGUAGUUGUACUGCUGGUGCCGUCAAAUCUGGGCAAUAUAAGGGCAUUGUCGAUGAGCUCCGAUUUUACAACGUAGAAUUGAUGCAAGAUGAUAUUUCGAAGCUCGCUUCAAUGUAA